AUGUGGUUCCUGGAUGUGAGACUUUUGGGGCUGAUGGUGAUGCUGGAGAUGAUGCUGGAGAUGAUGCUGGAGGUGAUACUGGAGGUGAUGCUGAAGAUGAUCCUGGAGGUGAUGCUGAACGUGAUGUUGGAGGUGACACUCUGGAGAGAAGACCCCGCUCUGGAGGGUGGGGAGCGGUACCCCAGGGAGGGCUCCGGGUGUCAGAGCUCCGUGAGCAGCCGCGGUUCGCGGGGCACGUGGAGGGCAUUGUGUGCUGGAGUGGACCACUGCCUUCCAGUGAAAGCAAAACCCAGGAGCCCCCCCGCGCACAACACACAGCAGGACAAGGUGCCCAGGCUUGGGACCGGCUGGGCAGCGAUGGCCACGAGGGGGUGCCGGGCCCCGAAAGCUAUCAGGAAUUUCAACACGGUGACGGCAGAGCGUGAGCCCCGCGUGGGCCGCGUGACGCCAGGCCUGGAAGGCAGCCCUGCCCAGCGGGGAGGGGCUGGGACCGUGGGCUGGCCCUUCGCCUCCGGGCCUCCGUUCCCACGGCUGUAA